AUUUAUCCUCAGUCUAGCAGCGAAUUGUUUUUGAAUCGCAAUGAUCUCCUGUAAUGUGAUGUUGGUGAUUUUGGCGACUUGUAACGUUGGUUACGCUGGAGUUUUGCAGGAAGACCCCAUCGUGGAAACAGAGUAUGGAAACGUCAGAGGAAGUAUCAAAGAAUCGAGAAACGGAAGGAACUUCUUUUCAUUUACUGGGAUACCAUAUGCGAAACCACCUAUAGGAGAGCUAAGAUUUAAGACUCCUCAAAAACUGGAACGAUGGUCUGAAAUUUUGGAUGCUCAGCAGGAUGCUCCUCACUGUAUACAAAAAAAUUAUUUAUUCGCAAAUCCAAAGAUAGAGGGGCAAGAAGAUUGUCUUUAUUUAAAUGUUUUUACACCUCAAAUUAGAACAAAAAGAAAUGUCGAAAACACCGGAUUAAUGCCAGUUAUGGUUUUUAUACAUUGGGGUGGAUAUGUAGUCGGUUACAGUAGUACUGGGUACUUGGGUCCAGAGUAUUUUAUGGACAAAAAUAUAAUACUUGUCACUUUUAAUUACAGAUUAGGAGUCAUGGGUUUCCUUAGCACCAAUGACGAUGAAGCGCCGGGUAAUUACGGACUAAAAGAUCAAGUGGCCGUUUUAAAAUGGGUGAAGGAAAAUAUCAAAUAUUUCGGGGGAAAUCCCGAUCAAGUCACCAUUUUUGGGCAAAGCGCUGGAGGUGCUAGUGUCCACUACCACAUGCUCAGUCCUUUGACAAAAAAUUUGUUUCAUAAGGGUAUAAGUCAAAGUGGAAGUGCCCUAUCCUUAUGGUGUAAACCGUUAGGUGCAGAACAAUUAAUAGUAACGAAAAUGCAGGCCCAAAUAGUGAAUUGUAACUCAAAUUCAACCACUAGAGAAAUGGUGGAUUGCCUUAGAAAAAUUGACGCGGCGGACUUGGUAGAAAGCAUGAAAACAUUUAAAUUUUUCUCUAUAGACCCAAUAAAUGUGUAUAUGCCUUCGAUAGAAAAGUUGACGAAAAUGAACCCUGAUCCAUUUAUAACCAAAACCCCACAGGAAUAUAUAAGAAAUAGAGAGUAUAAAAAUAUACCGUGGGUUUUGGGUUUGGUAAACAAUGAAGGGCUGAUAAGAGCUGAAGCACUUCUAAGACAAUCUUCAACCAGAAAAAGUCUAAACGCAAAUUUCGACGGACUUAUGCCCUUUUUAAUGGCCCUACAAUUGAGUGUACCCAAAAAGGAAUUAUUAAUAACCUGGGAGAAAAUCAAAGGCUUCUAUUUUCGUGGAAAAAGCCACAUUGAUAUUUCAAAUCCUGAAAGUGUUAAAUCCUUGAUAGAUUUAUACACUGAUAGAUCCUUUGCAUAUUCCAUGUACCAAAGUGCUUUGUACCAUAAAUACCAUGGGCAUGAUAAAAUUUGGUUCUACAAUUUUAACUACAAAGGAGAAAAUUCUUAUGGAGAUGCUUUUGCAGCUACAAAUGAAACCUUAAAUUACUCAUGGGGAGUUUCCCAUUGUGACGAGUUAAUCUAUUUAUUUAAAUCUCCCGCAUUAUUUUCAAAUGAGCUAAAUACAAACGACAAACAAUGCAGUGAAGAUUUAAUAACCAUGUGGACCAACUUUGCUUCAAAUGGGACUCCCAACGAAAACUGGUCCGAAAUGAACAACUUCGAAAACAAUACGAGCAAAAACAUAAAAUAUUUGAGCAUUGAAGGUUUGCAUGAAGGUUUGGGACCUGAGUACUCCAUGACUUCCGGUUUGCAUAAAUCGAGAUUCAAGUUCUGGGAGCACAUGGCUUUAGUCGAAAAUUUGAAAGAAUUAAAUGAGACAAUAAGAUUUUAAUUUCUUAGAUAAAACGUGUCUGUGAUAUCCUUUAGGUAGUGAGAUAAUAAAUAGUAAGUUCGGAUAAAAGCUAUGUAACCAAAGCCCGCCAUAUUUAAUUUAUAUUAUGUAUACUAUGUAUCAAUAACAAAAUAAAUAACAAUUAUUUAUUUAUUUACUAUGUAACCAAAGCCCAACAUAUUUAUUUUUAUAUUAGGUAUAAUAUAUAUGUAUCACU